AUGCCAGAUGGGGUCAAGCGCAAGAAGAAGCCUCGUGCCGUACGUGGCUCUGGUGGCGCUGCUGAUAGUGAUGCGCAUCCUGGUGCACGGCCCCCGCCCAUUGGUGACGACGACGCUCGUUCUCGCUCCAACAGAGGUGCCUCCAGCGAUGGCGAAGAGGAUCUCUUGGACUCGGAUGGCUGGGAGGAGCACAUCAAAGGGCUCAUGCAGGGUGAAUUGCAGGCCAAGCUCAGCAUCUUCCAGUCUGAGGUUACCGAGCUCGUUACCGCGUCCGCCAGCAAGGCUGCCUCCUCCGCCGUUGACCCUGUCAUGGCCGCUAUCAAAAGGCGCCUGCAGCUGCAGAUCGACACCAUGCAGUCGCAAGUUCGUGACAUUGACACCCGCGCUGAGACGCUGGCCACAGACAUGGAGGAGCUCAAGUCCCUGGUUGAUGAGCUACCCAGAGAGUUGGUGGUUGCAAAUCGGUCGCCGCCUCCACCGAAGCCGACACCUGGGUUCACGCGGGCUGUCGAUGGUACGAUUCUCAAGGUCGUUGCUCCCGCGCUCGUCAAAAAGAGUGACGUUCAGGGAUCAGUGGAUAAGGGGCUUAGGGACGCACGCGUUGACGGCUACAAUUUUCAGGGCGAGGACCAAGACAAGCUCCUCACGAUUCAGUUCACAGGUGCAGUGGGUACUGCUGGAAAGAAGGUCACGGCCGCGUUAUCAGCUCUUCGUCCUCCUGGGAAAGGACAAUGGAUGCGCUUCCCCAUGCCUGCUGCCAGUGGGGGUAGCACCCAGUUACAUAUCGGCCCCGACAAGAAUCCGCAUCAGAUCAAGAUGGAGAUCACUGGGAAGAAAAUGGUUGCAGCCCUCCGCGAGGAGUUCAAAGACGCAAAGUUCUUCUUCGAUCGACAGAAUGGAUGGAUCUCUGAGAGUUGGAACCCGAUUAUCAGGAUCGAACCGCAGCCGGGUCGAAAUCCCACGAAGAUCUUUUGGCACGACGCUGCGAUCACUGCUCGACAAUGGUCUCGAGCG